CAUCACGUGAUGUAUACGUUUCAUUCAAGCUGCAGCCAACAUGGUUGCAUGAGCUUUGUUAAUUUACAUUUAGUUUACCGAUACUUAGCUAUACAUGUCAUUUUCUACCACCAGCAUCUCAGAAACUUCAGCUUAGUCGAGGUCUUCCGCUGCCUGUCUGGUAACCUGAGUACAGCAUUUGCCCCUAUACAAUGGCCAAGAUCAAUAACCUGAUGGCUGUCUCGUCGGAGGCCGAGCUCAGAGAUGUGUUGGGCCUGCUCCACGAGCGGGAGGAUGCUCUCAUCGACAAGCUUGAUGCCCCAAUGAAGGACAGUAAAGAUUUACAUCGAGAUCUUGGCGGUCUAGAUAGUCUCCAUGGAGACCUAGAUAUGCAGCUCAUCACAGCUCGAAGCAUCCACAAUGCAAUGCUAUCUACCGCGGGCGACACCGCUGAGCGACUAUCUACCAUGAUUCGCGCUUUAGAUAUGGAGAAGAGAAGGGUAGAGGCUACGCUGAUUUUUAUUGAGCAACUUAUAGAGCUCAAGGCGUGUAUAGCUGGUCUUAUAGGCAGCAUGGGUGCCCCCCAGGAUUGGGAGGCUGCCGCCGACUAUCUCACGCGCGCAUCGAAUAUACCUGAGGAAGUUACUCGUGGGGACUUCGCUCUAGCUGUUGUACCGAGCAUUGAGGCUCCAAAUCCCCCAUGGACUACAAUCCAGACUGCUCGCAAAAGCCUUUGUGUUCUGUUCUUGAGGGAAUUCAACGCUGCAACGAAACAAGGGGAUGGAGCCAAGGUCGCACGACUCUUCAAACUUUUCCCAAUUAUUGGCGAGGAAGACACCGGGCUGGAUGCUUACGGGCGGUAUAUCUGCCAAGGCAUGGCGGAAGCUCUCAAAGUGCGCCAGGAUCGUGGCAGACAGAACGAUUUGUUUUACGCAGAUAACCUAACAUGGCUGUUUGAGCACAUUGUGCAGAUCAUUAACAGCCACAGUGGCCUGGUAGAGAGGCACUACGGCGCUGAUAAAGUAGUGAAGGUCAUUGAAAGACUUCAAAAAGAGGCUGACAUCCAGGGCGGAAUUAUCUUGGAUUUGUGGAACGACGAACGGACGGUUACCAGGAUGAUGGCCGAUGUUAAGAGUUAUCCUUUCUCUUUCCUCUCGAAAAGCAUGAUGCCGGUUCAGAGAGGCAUCAGUUUUACAUUAAGAGGCAACGAGCUGAACAAAGACGAACUUAACUUCGAAGUGAAGAAGGUUGAGGGGCUCUUUGGAGAAAUGACAACAAUGCUAAAGAGUUGGUCGUUUUAUAAGCGAUUCAUCUCACUUCAAUGCAAGGUUGGCCUGGCCCAAGAAGAAAAGCUAUCGCUUCCAAAGUUCCUCUAUCAAUGCAAUGUCCAUAAUAAGAUCUCAGAGAAACUCAUCGAGCCAUGCAAACUUACGGCAACAUUUCUCUUUCGAAGAUCAGUGGAAAAGGCUUUUGAGAUGGAUACCGCACCAAGUGGCCUCUCACUAUCGAAGCCGUACGAGGGUAGUCCGCCGUUCAUUCUGCAAGCUGUAGAUGAUAUAAUGUAUGUCUUGGACAAUCUACUGCAGCAUAUGCUGUCUACGGGAAACAGAGAGGUGACCGUCUCUGUCACUUUGGCUAUCAGCAGGGUCCUCGAAUCGGAUUUAAUCGGGAUCAUCCACAGGCGCAUGAGAGACGAGUGCUAUCCCAAACCACUGAUCCAGGGUGGGUUUCCAUCAGAGGACAAAAUUAUCAGUUUCGUGGUUCUGAUGAACACUCUCGACAUGGCGAAGGAGUACCUGGAUCGUAUUAUAAGCUCCAGAGGUUACUUCUCGGAAACACAAGGCGUCGAUCUGACUGGCCCAUCUUCAUCAAGUCUCAAAGAAUCCUUCCCAUUUGGCAAGGACGCCGAGCUGGUUGCGAAUGGACUUCAGAGUCUGAAUGGCGCGCUAUCUGCUAAAGCUACAGAGCUUCUGAACGAUGGCAUCCGGGCAGUCUUUGAUGAGGUGCUGUGGCCUCGAAUCAGGCUAAUCCUCACAAACUCUUUCCAAGACGCAGUUUACGAUGUGUCGGAAGGGGAUUCCUUGGAUGAAGAGGACGUCGAUGGAGAGACAAUAUCGCGAGUCUCGGUCCGAUUCGAAGGCGGGUGGUUGGCCUUGACACGGCCACUGAAGCACACCAUGACGCCGAGAACAUACGCAGCAUUGACCAGCCUAGCAGCCAACAAGCUGGCAAGGGUGUUGGAGAAACGUGCGUGGAGUUACUCCGGCCGUAUGACUGCACUUGGUGGAUUGCGGUUGGAGUCGGACUUCUCUGGUAUCAUAAGUACCGUCGCCCGACGCGACUAUGCCCUUCACGAGCCAUUUGCUCAAUUGAAAGAGAUUCUUACAGUUGCGAACAUGAACGAUGAGGAGUGGGAUGAGGAGGUAUCAGGGUAUGACUCGCCUGGGAAAGGAACAAAUUGGUUACUCAAUGACGAUGACAUGGUGAAAGCGCGUAAGAUUGUGAGAAGAUAACUACUACGCUCAUAAACAACAGGUUUGUCAGCUUCACGAUGCUCCGCCGUUAUCAUCUCAUCAAUCCCAUUCAACUCAUAUAUCGUCUGAUCCAACGUUCAUAAGACAUGGAACCUAAAGUAGUCUAAAUUUACAUUCAUGGGCAUAAUGUUAAUAAAUCUCUUAGAAGUUUAGGUAAAGAUUUAGUAUGAGAAAGUCUAAUUUGAGGGUCAA